AUGCAGAUCCAGUCAGACCCUCAUGCUUUCGUUGAUGAAGAAGACUAUUACAAACUUGGCUCACAUGUUAGACCAGUGACCACUUCAUCGCCUACCACGCAGCUAUGGUUUAAUCGCGGUCUGAUAUGGGCAUACUCCUUCAACCAUGCUGAAGCUGAGCGAUGCUUCGAGCGUGCUGCCAAAAGUGACCCUAACUGCGCCAUGGCAUUAUGGGGAAUCGCGUAUGCAGCAGGGCCGAACUACAAUAAGGCCUGGCAGUAUUUUGACCCGGAAGAUCGACGAGCAUCGAUCCAAAAGGUUAAUGACACUCUCGCACGAGCUCGCAGCCUAGCAAGCCAAGCCACAGAAGUCGAGCAAGCAUUGAUCAAAGCGGUUGGUGCCCGAUUCCCAACUGCCGACGCCAUCCCGGAUGACUUGAGUCCCUUCGACCACGCGUACGCAGAUGCCAUGCGCGAUGUAUAUCACCGAUUCAACACCGAUGUGGAUGUUGCAGCACUCUUCGCCGAGGCACUCAUGUGCAUCACCCCACGUGGUUUAUGGGACUUGGAUACAGGUAAACCGACCGGCAACCACACCGUCGAGGCUCGGAAUGUGAUCGAGCUAGGGCUAAAACAGUGUUCGGGCCGCGAUCACCCUGCCCUGUGUCACUUGCACAUUCACAUGUUGGAGAUGUCACCAUUCCCAGAACUAGCUUUACCUGCUGCGGAUCGAUUGCGUGGUAUGGUUCCUCAUGCUUCGCAUAUGUUGCAUAUGCCAACGCAUAUUGAUGCUGCGGUGGGUGACUAUCGCCGCGGUGUUGAUUCAAAUCAUGAGGCAAUGCUUGCGGACGACAUCUAUUUUGCCAACGAGACUGAUACGAUUCGGUAUACGCAAUACCGAGUGCAUUAUAUCUGUGCAAAAAUGUAUUCCGCUAUGAUGUCGGGCCGUUUUCAAGACGCUAUGUCUGCCGCCGAAAAGCUCGAACAAGUCAUUGAUUCCAGGGUACUUUCCGUCAAAAGUCCCCCAAUGGCCGACGCUAUCGAGAGCUUCGUGGCCAGCAAAGCACACGUCCUAGUCCGCUUCGGUCGCUGGGAGGAGAUCCUUGAACUGAAGCUCCCCACCGAUCGCGUUACAUACUCGGUGACCACGGCAGUCAUUCUCUACACCCGCGGACUGGCAUUGAGCGCCUUGGGACGUGUUGAAGAAGCCGAGAUUACCAAAAUGGACUUCGAAAAGGCACGCCAGGCAGUGCCCAGCAGCUGA